AUGUGUCUUGAGACCGCGGUCAUUUUUGGAGAAGGAUACAAUCAGCUGAUACCUCCCAUCCACGCUUGCAUUGCAAAAGGAGAGACCCGAUUCCGGAUCGGAGAUGACAGAAACCUGUGGGAUGUGACUUACGUGGGUAAUGUGGCUGACGCGCAUGUGCUGGCUAUUGACAACCUGCUACGUUCGCAAGCAAGUUGGCGGAAUGGGCUCAGCAACUUGAACCUUGAAGACGGUAGCGGAAGGGGCGAAACAGCGGCAGGCGAAACGUUCUACAUCCAGAACAACGAGCCCAUCUCAUUUCGGGAAUUCAGCCUUGCCGUCUGGAAAGAGUUUGGUCACUAUCCACCAGCUUGGGAGAUCCAUAUUCCCAGAGCUCUAGAGUGGAUACUAGGCUUCUUCGCGGAAGUCCUGACACAAGUUUCCGGGACGCCGGCGACACUGUCUCGCGGAAGCGUAAUGGACGCUUGUGCUGUGCGUUAUGCCAAUGGUAACAAGGCUCAAAGGCUCCUCGGCUAUCGCCCGCGAGUAGGGCUUGAGCAGGGCAUCAGGACAACUUGUCAGGCAAGCCAUCUCCCUUAUUUUGGCUUGCUCUUGUCCCAUCCUUCCAUGCAUGUGGCGUUGGAGCAAGUCGUCGGUAGGUUGGCAGAGGAUUGUCCUCGUGCUAACGAUGCAACGUUGAUCAGAACUAUAUGCGGCGGUUAG